ACAAAUAAGCAAUAGACGUGGAAAACAACAAAGAAAAAGAUUCAUCUCUCUCUCUUCUUUCUAAUUGUUUCUCCAUUUUUCUGAAAGAGAGAAUAUAGAAUUUGAAAUAGCGUGUACUCUAUAGUAAAAUAUAAUUUCUGAAAACUAGUUAGUAUAGUGGAGUAAUAAUAUUGUUUUCAGUCACAAACUCACGGCGUCUGUCUCCAGUUGGUGUUGGUGUCACAGUGAUUUAGACGUGAAAGCGCCCAUCAUAUCAUGUCUAUAUUGACAUUGAUAGUUGAUAUGUCACUUGGCUUCUUCAUGUCCUCUUUGACCCCUAUCUAGCUACCACCUACCCCCCCCCACCCCCCUAAUUUUCCUUUCUUAUACUAAUAUUCAUUUAUUAUUACUAUCUUUUUUUCUUUCCUCCUUUAUAUUUUAAAGUUCUUGAACUGAAAAAGAUAGAGAGUUAAAUACAAAAUGGGAUCUUUAGGUGGAGAAGUAGUACAGUUGAAGAAUAAGAAGACAAUGUGGUUAUAUCCAAAGGUGAUGGGUGUUCAUCCUUCUGAAAGAUGGGGUCAUUCUUCUUGUUACUCUAAUGGCUUUGUUUAUGUUUUUGGGGGAUGUCGCGGUGGUUUACAUUUUAGCGAUGUACUUGUACUAAAUCUCGAGGCAAUGGCUUGGAGCAUUCUUGUGACUACAGGGCAAGGACCAGGGCCAAGAGAUAGCCACAGUGCUGUUCUUGUUGGCCACAGGAUGGUCGUGUUUGGGGGUACAAAUGGUUCGAGGAAGGUCAAUGAUCUCCACAUAUUGGAUAUCAGGAGCCAAGAAUGGACUCAACUUGAAUGCCAAGGCAUUCCGCCUUCACCGCGUGAAAGUCACACGGCUACUCUUGUUGGUGGUGAUAAAAUAGUGAUUUUUGGUGGUAGCGGUGAAGGCGAGGGGAACUAUUUGAAUGAUUUACAUGUUUUGGACCUAAAAAGUAUGAAGUGGACGUCUCCCGAAGUGAGGGGUGAGAUGCCUAUUCCCAGGGAUAGCCACAGUGCUGUUGCAAUCGGUAAUAGGCUCUAUAUAUAUGGUGGAGAUUGUGGUGACCGAUAUCAAGGUGAUGUCGAUGUGCUUGAUAUGGAUACACUAAUGUGGUUAAAGCUGGAUGUUCUUGGACCUUCACCUGGUGCUCGAGCGGGUCAUGCCUCUGUGAAUUUUGGGUCAAAGGUAUAUGUGAUUGGUGGAGUUGGAGACAAGAAGUACUACAAUGAUGUUUGGGUUCUUGAUGUGACAAAUUUUUCUUGGACUCAGCUUGAUGUAAUGGGCCAAAAACCACAGGGGCGAUUUUCUCAUACCGCUGCUGCCAGGAACACAGAUAUUGUAAUCUACGGAGGUUGUGGUGAGGAUGAGCGGCCGCUCAAUGAGUUGCUUAUCUUGCAGUUUGAAGUAGAACAUCCUAAUGGGAAUAGCGGCGUUUCUGGUGGCAGAAAUACAAGUCAUUAUGAUAAGAAAAGGUUUCUGAGAGAGAUACACAAUAGCUCGGAUGCUAUCUGUAGGGGAAAGAAGGAAGAUAUAGUAGCAACGGGAUCUCAAGAGCUUGAGUCAAAAGCAGCUUUUCGCUUUAGUUCUGACACAUUGCAUCCAAAGAGGAGAAGAAUGAGUAACAAUUCACACAUAUUUAAUCUGGAGUCGGAGCCGGAAGAUCAGUCUCCUUCUCUAUCUCAGCGUUCACCUCCGUCCCAACCUGAUCCAGAAAUGAGCUCUGUUAAGCCAGGCUCCGGUUCUGGAACUGCAUCACAACGGUUUCUCUUAGCAAGACAGCAACACUUGACCCCUAACAAUUGCCAGCCAAACCAGAAGAAUGUCAUAACAAGGAAUCCUCGUGAUAUGCAAUUAUUUCGUGAACAAUUAAUUCCGUCAAACUCAGGACAUGUAUCUGCCGUUCUUAUGGAUAAGCCGGAAGUGCAAUGCCAAUCCUUGGAGGCCGGACGAUUCCACAACUUGAUUGGGGCUGAGAUCCGGGGAAAAGUCGAUGGAGCAUUUGAUUCUGGUUAUCUAAUGACAGCCAUUGUUAACGGAAAGAUUUUUCGAGGUGUUCUGUUUGCUCCGGCACCGGAUCUAUUACCACGAGGAGGACCCGUCCUUGGUCAGAAUCCUUCACCCCCUCGAGGACAGAAUAUUGGUGUCAACUACGCAAACACACACGUAAACCAUGUAAGUCUAGCUUGUCGAAGGCAACCUCAACAGUUGGUACAAAUGCAAGUUCAAGAACUCGGACGACAGAGCUUAGGGAAGGUUCCAGUUAGAAGAUCAACAUCACUAAUGAGAUUAUCUCAACUAGACGAAGAUGCAAAGCAAAGAAGUGAACUUGAAGGAGUGGUUCUCACACUAGGAGGUCCAGGAUGUGGCAAAACCUAAGAUAACUUAAUAAAACUAUGUAGAGAAGUAGAAAUUGUCAUAUGUGGUCUCAUGAUGUGUGUUUUGUACAUGCUAAGGUAGAUGAAUCCAUUUUCCAUUAUCCCUUUUAAAUCUUUAAUUGUUAAGUUGACUGGUAAAGCUAGUUUAGUCUGCCUCCUUAGUCCUUUCCAUUAAAUUAAUCAGCUAUGUAUCCACUCUUUCUGUAAUAUGAAGCAAAGUUUUGGUCA